AUGCGACUCAAAUCGACAUUUACGCCCCCCAUGCGACUCAAAUCGACAUUUCCACCCCCCCAUGCGACUCAAAUCGACAUCCCCCCAUGCAACUCAAAUCGACAUCCCCCCAUGCAACUCAAAUCGACAUCCCCCAUGCAACUCAAAUCGACAUUUCCGUCCCCCCCCCAUGCGACUCAAAUCAACCAGUCUCAAAUGAAUAUUCCUCUACCAGUCACAAAUCAGCAUUCCCCACAUGCGUCUCAAAUCAACAUUCCCUUCUCACCUAGUUUCAUCCUUUCACUCUCUCUUUUCUUUUCUCUCUCCUUUUCUCUCGCCUCCCCCCGUCUCUCUCUCUCCUUUUUCUCUCCCCCCCUCGUCUCUUCUCUCUCCUUUUCUCUCACCUCCCCCUCCGCGUCUCUCUCUCUCUCUCUUUUCUCUCGCCUCCCCCCUCCGCGUCUCUCCUCUCUCUCCUUUUCUCUCGCCUCCCCCCUCCGCGUCUCUCACUCUCUCUCCUUUUCUCUCGCCUCCCCCCCUCCGUCUCUCCUCUCUCUCCUUUUUCUCCCCCCCUCCGCAACCGUUAAUAUAUCUCUUUCCUUAAGUCCACAUAUGAGGAAAACGGACCGAAUGUUUACCACAUUCGGCUGUGGGAUAUUGGGUGAACGGACCGAAUGUUUACGGCAUUCGGCUGAGAUUCGGAUGGGGAAAAAACGGACCGAAUGUUUACGGCAUUCGGCUGAGGGGUGUGGGGGAAAACGGACCGAAUUUUUACGGCAUUCGGAUGAGAGAUGUGGGGGAAAAAACGGACCGAAUGUUUACGGCAUUCGGCUGAGGGAUGUGGGGAAAAACGGACCGAAUGUUUACGACAUUCGGCUGAGGGAUGUGGGGAAAAAACGGACCGAAUGUUUACGGCAUUCGGAUGUGGGAUAUGGGAAAAAAACGGACAUUAUGUUUACUAUAUUCGGCUGA